AACGACCCGGGACCCGGGAGAGAGGAAAGACGUUUCCCGCCGGCGGGAGCUGCGGUUGUAGUGGCGGGGCUCAUAGCUCCGCAGCACCAUGGCGGACCAGCUUUAUCUGGAAAAUAUAGACGAGUUCGUCACGGACCAGAACAAGAUCGUGACAUACAAAUGGCUGAGCUAUACACUAGGAGUUCAUGUUAACCAGGCCAAACAGAUGCUGUACGAUUAUGUUGAAAGAAAGCGAAAGGAGAAUUCGGGAGCCCAACUGCAUGUCACCUAUUUAGUGUCUGGCAGUCUCAUUCAGAAUGGACAUUCCUGCCACAAGGUUGCAGUAGUGAGAGAAGAUAAAUUGGAAGCAGUGAAGUCCAAGCUAGCGGUGACUGCCAGCAUCCACGUGUACAGCAUCCAGAAAGCUAUGCUAAAGGACAGUGGGCCUCUGUUCAAUACGGACUAUGACAUCCUUAAAAGCAACUUGCAGAACUGCAGCAAGUUUAGUGCCAUACAGUGUGCAGCUGCGGUCCCCAGAGCUGCUGCUGAAUCCUCGUCUUCUGAAAAGUUUGAGCAGUCAGAUCUUCAAGUAUCAAGUGAGACACCAGCCAAUAAUGAGUUGACAACCAAUGGUCAUAGUCUACCUACCUCCAAACAGAUUUUCCAGCAGCCCAAAGGGAUAAUGGGAAUGUUUGCCUCUAAAGCUGCUUCUAAAACCCAAGAUGUCAACAAGGAAACCAAAACAGAGACUAAAGAGGUAUCCACAGGCAACAAGGCACCAGGGAAAGGGAAUGUGAUGAGCAAUUUUUUUGGAAAAGCUGCUAUGAAUAAACUUAAAGUCAAUUUGGAUUCAGAACAAGCAGUGAAAGAAGAAAAAAUAGUGGAGCAACCUCCAGUGUCUGUCACUGAACCAAACCUGGCAGCCCCUACAGGCCUGAAGAAAUCCAGCAAAAAAGCAGAGCCUGUUAAGAUGCAGCAGAAGGAAAAAAAAAGGGGGAAGCGAGUGGAGUUAUCUGAUGAUGAGACAAAAGAAACUGAAAAUAUGAAGAAAAAGAGGAGACGAAUCAAACUUCCUGAGUCUGAUAGCAGUGAAGAUGAAGUCAUACCAGAUUCUCCUGGGGAUUAUGAAGCUGAGUCACCAUCCCCACCUCCUCCUCCUUCUCCACCUCCGGAACCACUGCCGAAUAAUGAACCGGAGCCUCCUUCUGUCAAGAGCUCAAGUGGAGAAAAAAGAAAACGAAAGCGGGUGCUGAAAUCGAAAACUUUUGUGGAUGAGGAAGGCUGCAUAG